GCAAUUCAAUUGGGGACAAGAAGAAGAAGAAGCACCGCUGCAGGCUGGAGGGCGUCGGCCAGACAACGAGCUUCAGGCGAGGCGUCCCGACGUCCACCGUGAUCGCCAAGCGCCGUGAUGCGCAAGGGCCAGACUCCGGCGGCGUCGGCCAGGCCAUCGGUGCAGGGCGGCCGUCCCCCGCCUUCGCCGUUGUUUUCUGCCAACACCUGGAACGACUACUUCGAGGAGCGACCGAGCAUCCUCAGCCUGUGCUUCGUCGUCGUCCUCACUGCCUUGUUCAUCGGGUCACUCGUCACGUCGCUAUAUUUCGCGUACGCGCUCGAAGUCCAACGUCGGCCGCCGUCCACGACUGCGACGCCAUCGGUAAACGAGUCAUCGAUUCCGCAAGCAGUCAACGUCACGGUCGCAGGUCUGCCUACCGCCGCCACUACCGUUAAUGCCAAAGCCGCAAGAAAAGCCACCGGUCACCUGCCACGGGGCGCCUCCGGUGGCACGUCUAGGAGGGCGAAAAAACGUGGCCGACGCAAGAAGACCUCAACGUCGCCUUACACGUCGUCGUCAUCGUCGUUCGAGGGUCCAGAAGGCGCGACGACUGCCACAGAGAUGGAACGUGGCAGGAUCGCCAAUGGCGGCGGACGGCCAGCGCUCGACACCACGAAAGCGACCGCGAGGGCCGGGACUGUCUCCAACGCAUCGCGCUCCACGUUGGAGACAUCCUCCGUUAGCCUAAUCGCCCGGAAGGAUGCAGCAAGGACGCACCAGUCGCGCAGUCCUGAAAGGACGACGACGACGACGACGACGAAGCUAGACGAGCUAGCCAACAACACAACCUUGGACGCCGCGGCCACCACCUCACCUGCAGCUGCCGCUUCUACACCGAUAGCGCCGUUCGUGGAGCGGACAGGAGGGUAUCGCGAAGACGCUGCGUUCGGCGUGGGUGAGGCGAACAGUACGACUCGUUCGGGCAUGAUUGACGAGGUCACUGCGCCAGCUGGAUUCGUAGAGGAGACAGGCAUGGCGAAACAUGGCGGCAACGAAACGAAGGCAGCGGUGCCGACGCCGCGGCUCGCGGAGUGGACGGAACUUCGCGGGCACGCUGCAGUCGGCAGCGACUCGACCAACACCUCGGGGUCGGAACCGGACGACGAGUCCACCGAGGGAGCCGCUGGUCUUGACGAGGAGACAGGCACGGUGGUGCAAGGGGGCAGCGCCGAGACGGAGGCGACGGAGAACCGGACGCUUUCCGCCUGGACCAACGAAUCGUUUACGGAUUUGCCAAGCGAACAUUAGAAAUGUUGUAUAAUCAGGUAUUUGAAGGUAUGUGGCGGGAGGGGGCGGGGACAUAUAUACUUGUUUCACCGCUAUUUACAGUAAUCACUUUUUUUUCUCACUAAUUAAUGAUUCGUAGAUAUAUAACGUCGUAACCGCGGAAUAAGUUUGUUCAUGACAUGAACAAAAGUUCACAAUAAAGCUCACUUCUAGGAUGUCCAACUACGACAACGAAA